AGGAUUUCAUGGUUGCUAUAUCUGCCUAGUACACAUGCAUUUCAAUCUUUCUCUGGACUGAUGUCCUUUUUUUCUCUGCCUCAUUGAGUGUCAAAAUUUUUAACUUCCAACCUUUAAUAUCUUUGAAAGACUUGCGUCUUCAUGAGUUAGUCUAGGAACAAGUUGAUGAUCAUUUGGUUCAUGUUGGAUAGAUAUAUGAAUGAAUGACUUAGGAGAAAAUUUCUAAUCCUGAAAUUGUUUGAAGUUUGGUGAAAAAGAAAAAGAAAUCAGGAACAUUUCUAUCACACCAAUAACAGAGUUCCCUUAGUGUCUGUCCAAGUUGUCACACAUGUACAUCCCAUGUUAAGCAUGUUGAUGAGUGCGGGGCAUUAUUUUCCUAUUAAACCAUUUCUCCUAUGAGGAUGUCCACAACCUGCACCAACAUCAAGCCUAUACGCACCCUCCUUGCCCUUUGUCAGGUCAAAUGUGUCACAUGCUCUCCUUUCAUUAGAUUUCAGGGUGCUGUCGAUCAGUGAUUUUGCUUCUUCUUUGAAACUUAUAUCCUCAUGUUUUUCUCUAGGUAGACAUUGUAGGUGCAUAGUCAGUUCAUGAGACUUAUAUUAAUGAACUUUUAUAUAAUAUAACAAAACUUUUUCCUAAUUUGAAUUUGAGUUUAGUGCAGUUAAGGAAACCACAACUUCAGAAAUAUUUCCACAGACAAUGGUACAUCUCCCCACUCACAGAAACCUCUCAACAUGAAUCCCAUUAGCUACACACAUGCCUGCCAUCCUUGGAAACACAGACACAGGCACACUUAACUAUAACUCUUGGUAUAUUUUUCAGUUUGUGAAGAAAUAUGGGAACAUUUUUAGCCUGAAUCUUGGUGAUAUAAAUUCAGUAAUGAUAACUGGACUCCCCUUAAUCAAAGAAGUCUUUACUCACAUGGAAGAAAACAUUUUGAAACGCCCUAUCACUCGUACCCGAGAACGUAUCUCUAAUAACAAUGGAUUGGUCUUCUCCAGUGGGCAGACAUGGAAGGAGCAAAGAAGGUUUGCCCUGAUGACGCUGAAGAACUUUGGGUUGGGAAAGAAGAGCUUAGAGCAGCGCAUGCAGGAGGAAGCCCAAUACCUUGUGGAGGCCAUAAAAGAGGAGAAAGGACAGCCUUUCAACCCUCACUUCAGUAUCAACAAUGCAGUUUCCAAUAUCAUUUGCUCUGUCACCUUUGGGGAGCGUUUUGAGUACCAUGACAGUCAGUUUCAGGAGAUGCUGAGGCUACUGGAUGAGGCCACGUGUUUGGAGGUAUCAAUGAUGUGCCAGCUCUACAAUAUUUUCCCAUGGAUAAUGAAAUAUCUUCCUGGAUCACACCAGACAGUUUUCAGAAACUGGGAAAAACUGAAAUCGUUUGUUUCUUCUAUAAUUGACAAUCACCGGAGAGACUGGAAUCCUGAUGAGCCAAGAGACUUCAUUGAUGCUUUCCUCACGGAAAUGACAAAGUACCCAGAGAAGACUACAAGUUUCAAUGAAGAAAACCUCAUCAUGAGCACUCUGGACCUCUUCUUUGCUGGAACAGAGACAACAUCCACGACCCUGCGCUGGGCUCUGCUCUACAUGGCGGUCUAUCCAGAUGUCCAAGAAAAAGUACAGGCUGAGAUUGACAGAGUGAUUGGCCAGAAGAGACAGGCAAGCCUGGCCGACCGAGAGUCCAUGCCCUACACCAAUGCUGUCGUCCAUGAGGUGCAGAGAAUGGGUAACAUCAUCCCUUUGAAUGUUCCCAGGGAAGUGUCAAAGGACACCAGUUUGAAUGGAUUCUACUUUCCAAAGGGUACCAUGCUUCUAACAAACCUGACUGCAUUACACAGUGACCCCCAAAAGUGGGCCACUCCAGAAACCUUCAAUCCAGAGCACUUUUUGGAGAAUGGACAGUUUAAGAAGAGAGAAUCCUUUUUGCCUUUCUCAAUGGGUGAGUUUUGAUGAGCAGGAGAGGGUUCAGAGCUCCACCCAGCCAUUUCCUCC